AUGAUGGACACACGAAAUCAUGAAAUUGCUGCGCUGAUCACCUCCAAGUCUCUUGACGAGCUGCCUUUCUUGCAUGCUUGCCUUCAGGAGACUCUUCGGCUUCACCCCGCAGUGCCUCUUGUAUUGCUUCCCUCUCGUGCAGAAGACAUAGAAGAAGACGACACACUUCCAGCAGGAGAAGUAUUCAUAAGCAGCAAGAAAGGGAACGUAGUCUUCAUUGCACCAUAUUCUUUGGCUCGAAUGACGUCUAUCUGGGGUCCGGAUGCUGCACAGUUCAACCCAGAUCGUUGGCUGCAAAGUGGCAAACUGGAGCCAGCAUCUGACAGCAAGUUCGUGACGUUCCAGGCGGGUCUUUAUACUGGCGCUGUGAAAGAUUUGACUUACCAGAGUUGCAAGGUGGUCACAGCUAUUCUUGUACGGUUUUUCGAAUUUAUCCGCGCGUGUCCCUUCAAUCGUAGUCCCAAAUAUCGUAUGACGUCCACCUUGGUUAUGGAGAGCGGCCUUCAAAUGUAUCCUCGUUUGAAGGACAAAAUGGGAGCUAUUAUUUAA